AUGUACGAGAAUAUCAAAUCGUUAGGAAAUGAUGGAUAUUUACCUACAGAUAUUGUCGAGUUAGCGGAGCGCCUUCAACGUGAUGCUCGACCGACAAGAGGCAUUUUUCGGCUGUUUCAAUUCGCCUUCCAGGUGGUUACUGGCUCGGAUCUCAACUUCAGUCAACCCUAUAGGUGGUCCGAUAAGAUGGCCGCAACAAAACGCAUCAAUGGUCUAGACAGCAAGGUUUUGGAUGAUCAUGAUAAGGCCAGAUAUAAUGCUCUCGUCGAUUUGAAAAAUCACUGUCAGCCAGAUCGUGGCCAAAACGACAACGCAGACAGCUUGAAAGAACUACUUGAUUGGGCAGAAAGAGACUUGAAAAAUGCUAAGGGUAAGGGAUCACCGCCCUCAGAUCCUGCAACAACUGAAAAAGAAGCCGAAGAGCUCCGGAAGCGAUUGAAUGCUUACAAACGAGAGGAUGCAGAGAGAUUUAAGGCAGAAUCAGAGCGCAACGCUCGUCGGCAUUAA